AUGAUGAAGCUCCAAUGUUCAAUCUUGAUAAAGUUGUUAACAUUUCAUGUUCUGGCAGUUCUUUGUGCUUCACAACAAUUUGAUUUCUUCUACUUUGUUCAACAGUGGCCAGGAUCGUACUGUGACUCGAAGCAAUGCUGCUAUCCAAAUACAGGCAAGCCUGCAUCUGAUUUCGGCAUCCAUGGCCUCUGGCCCAAUUACAACGAUGGCUCGUAUCCAUCAAAUUGCGACCCACAAAGCCAAUUCGAUCCAUCCAAUAUUUCAGACUUGACUAGCAGAAUCCAAGAAGAAUGGCCAUCUUUGGCAUGUCCAAGCAGUGACAACCUAAAUUUCUGGUCUCAUGAAUGGGUCAAACAUGGAACUUGCUCCAUAUCCAAUCUUGACCAGCACGAUUACUUUGCUGCUGCCCUAAAUCUCAAGGAACAACUCGAUCUACUGCAAGUCCUAGGAAAAUCAGGUAUUCACCCAAAUGGGGAGGUCUAUGACUUGGGUUCCAUCAAAGAUGCAAUCAAACAAGGCACGGGUUAUACUCCAUGGAUAGAGUGCAAUAGAGAUGAAUCGGGGAACACCCAACUUUAUCAAGUCUACAUGUGCGUGGACACUUCGGGGUCUAACCUUAUUGAAUGUCCUGUGUUCCCUCAUGGAAAAUGUAGUUCCAAUAUUGAGUUUCCUUCGUUUUGA